CCUACAGCUGUAGCUACAGCUACAGCUACAGCCCAACACUUCCAAACUAAGCCAUGGUAACAUUAUGUACAGCAACUUAUUUCAAAAAGUUGGAAGGACAGCUAGGAUGUAUGUCUGCAUAUAGGCACAUGAUGACCUCUUCAUGCAUACAUCAUAUAAUGAUUCAUGUUGAGAAAUUAAAAACAAUGGCUAGGUCCAAUUUGUUCCCUUUAUUUCAUAUAUCUAAGGGCAGAGAGUUUACGAAUUUUGGCCUUAAGAAGUUUAGCUCUGUUUGACAUCUAAUCUUUUUGUUUCAUUUAAGUUCUUGGCUUCUUGCAUCGGGGAAUGUUUUGGCAAAUUUGUUGACAUUACUGGUUAAAAUUACUAGAAAUCCUAUCCUAGAUGUUUUGCUUGGCAUGCUUGGGCAAACUGGGACAAGCUGGUGCAUCUAUUAAAAAUAGACUUUUACUGUUGCACCUCUUUUUUUUUUUCGCUUGGCAGAAAUGUGUUCUGUGAUCUACCUUAACUUCCCUUCUUUUGCAGCUUGGUGCAUUUGUAACUUAAGAUUUAAGAGCAAAUUAGAAAUUCUUUAAAGCUUUAUAAAAUAGAGUAGGUUUAAUAGGACUUACUUUGUCAUUGUUCUUGGGCAAGUUCUAUGGUCCUCUGCUGUAUUCCUCAGAGGUUAGGCUCAGACUUGUAAUGUUGGUCCAUUGGUUGUGCUGCUAGGUACUGGGCACGAUUGGCUGGUUAAGUGGUUAUUAUGCCUAGGAACUUUUUUUUUUCCCUGUAAAUUGGUCAGUGUGUAUGGUAAAGAGGUCAUUUUUUUUGUCUUAAUUUUUUGAUUGGUAUUCCAGUAGCAUACAGCCUUCAACCUUCUGGGGCCAAACGAUUGAGAUAAAAUACAUUUAAAAUUUGUGCAAUUACCAACUAUGAACUUAGCUAGUUGAUACUUACUUUAAAACCUUGAAUCUUGUGUCAAGUUUAGUGGUUCAAACCUUUGGAAUGCCAAGCACACCAACCUCUGAAGUAAGUACCAAAAUAGUGAAGCAUUUAUUUAUUUAUGUCAUACAAAUUCUGGUGUAUUUUAUUGCCCAUAAUCUCAUCCAUUUUUCAAAUAUAUGUAUAAUAAAUAAUAUACUACCCA